CGGCCGCCCUCCGGAAGCGGCGCGGGGGACGGGCGGUGCGGCGGCCGUGGGCUAUUACAGAAUGACCUUGCAUUGAGCCUUUGUGGAAGAAACAAGAUUUAAACAUCAGUUCUUCAAUGUGCAUCCUUCUAUUCAAAUUUGACCCACGGCCAGUUUCAAAAAAUGCAUACAGGCUUAUUCUAGCAGCUAAUAGGGAUGAGUUUUACCACAGACCAUCCAAAUCAGCCGAGUUUUGGGACAGCAGCAAUGAGAUCCUUAGUGGUCUGGAUAUGGAGGAGGGAAAAGAAGGAGGGACUUGGCUGGGAAUCAGUAAGAAAGGCAAGAUGGCAGCCCUGACAAACUAUAUGCAGCCGAAGAUUGAUAAAAAUGCAAAAGGAAGAGGUGCUCUUGUAACAAACUUCUUGACUGCAGAUCUGGACAGCUACUCUUACUUGAAGAAAGUUUCAGUAGAGGGACAUCUUUACAAUGGAUUUAAUUUAUUAGCAGCUGACUUGAAUACCACCAAAGGAGAUGUAAUUUGCUACUAUGGAAACAGAGGAGAACCAGAACCUGUUUUCCUAAAUGCUGGAAUAUAUGGAUUGAGUAAUUCUUUGUUGGAUACACCAUGGAAGAAACUUCAGUAUGGGAAGCAGCUUUUCACAGAAGUGGUCAAGAGAAGUCAAGACCUCAGCAAAGAAGACUUGGUGAAGGAGCUCCUUACAGUGAUGAAUAAUCAAGAGCCUCAAUUACCAGACCCUGCAAUUGAAGACCAGGGCAAGGAUUACAUCCGCCCCAUCCUGAACAAGUACGCAGCUCUGUGCGUUCGCUGCCCGGGUUACGGAACAAGGACGAACACGGUGGUGCUCAUCGAUUCCGAGGGAUGCGUUACUUUCACCGAGCGCAACAUGAUCAAUGCUGAUGUCAACCAGUGGCAAACAAGCACCUAUGAAUUCAAACUGCACAGUUAACAACUUUCCACAUCAGUGGUUUGUAAUAAUAGCAAUGAGACAACAAGCCAUUAAGCUCUAGUAAAUGUUUUGUGCCAGCCUCCACAAACUAAAAAUAGCAAGGAAAGCAAAAGUUUAAAUAAACCGGUAUCAUACCCUAUCAAGCACACGUGCUUUGGAGAAAACCAGAUAAAGAUGCUUUUUUUUUUUUUACAUGAAGUAGCAACUUAGAAUAUUUUAUUUAAUACCACCCUGCUUUCAGGGCAAGGCCAUCUUUGUCCAAGACAUUGCAUUUUUGUAGGUGUGGAUUUUUUAUAAGAUGUUAUUAGUAGACAUAAACUUGUUUUCAGUUCUAAUGGUGGGGAAAUAUUUGCUGCUUUUAUUGUUCUAUAUGAAGGUUUUACCAAACUUUACCUUCAACAUAUGCUGUUAAGUUUGUACAGCUGAUGCCAAUGUGCAUUAAAUGAAUGUAUGUUAGCCUGCUAGUAUUAAGUGCUUUAGUCUCUUUUAAGCUUUUCAGUGCCAUGGUGCAAUGUUCUGCCUGGGGAGGGCAGAGAGGGGGGAUUCUUUACAUUUGUUUUUCUAUAGAUAGUAUAGCAAUAGUUCUUAUUUCUAAAACUUGAUCUGAGAAUCAAGGUAGGGAAUUUAGUUCAGUCUCUGUUCAUUUUUACUGAAAGAACCGUGGGAGGAGACUUGCAUAUCUUUGACCUGAAUAAAACUAUUUGUGCUGUGAUAUCCUGUUUCCUGAUAGUCUAAUUAGCAGUUUUGGUUUUGUUAUUUUCUUCUCCAGCAAGCAGGUAAGGAAUAGGUACCUGUUUGCAAACAGAAGCUGAAGAUGAGGUUUUCAUGUAUUGCCUGUUUUGUACAUAUAAAAUGUUGGAUUCAUUUCUUUAUUGGUAGAACGUGUUACAGCCUGGAGUGGAUUCCAUCUCAUGGAUUAUUAGUAGAAAUAGCUGUGUGUUGUAAGGUGACACUGUUGCAGUCUUAUAUUGCUGAAAAAAUUUAAUAUUAAGAGGUACUUCCUAUGUUCUAGCACCUGUGAAUUAAAAAGCUAUUUAAAUGCAUGCUUUUUUCAAUUAUUCAGUGCCAGUGUGGGUAAUGGAAGAUUCUAGCUAAUAACAGGAUAUUUGAAAACCCUAAGCUAUUUUUGUUUCUAUUGGUGUUCUGUUUUGACUUUUUUUGAAUACAGAAUAUUAGGUUAGUAAUGGAUCACCACUAUUUUUUUUUUCCUUUAGGUAUGCUGACUGUAUUUUCACAAGCCUCUGAUUUUAAUUAAUUAUUGCAAAGUAGUCAGAUUUUUGAUACUCUUUGGAAGAUGUGCAGCUGUGUUUCUGUACUCAAACUAGUGUAUUUUGGCAUUCUCACGUGUGUGUGUAAUGGAGGCAGCAGUAAAUGAGACUUUCCAUUGAGGUGAAGUACUGUGAAAGGCCAUUCCCAGAUUUGUAUUUGUCAGGAAAUGCUAAAGCAGCAUUUAGUCAAAUCUCUUCUUUAUAUUUGCAUAUUUAAAUAGCUUCUAGAUACCAGGACUGCUUACAUGACUAGUCACAGGUUGUGGAUUCAGUUCUGUAUAAAUGACUUUUUGACCACCUUGAUUGCAAGACAAUCAACAAUUGUGUUGGGUUGUACAUGGUUUAGAACUCAAAGCCUUCUGAGCUGCAGGAAAUGAUCAGCCCUUUUUAAUUUUUUGAUUACUUCUUAAACCCUAUAUUUUUAUGGCUAAAAAUGUUAACUGUUAUUUUUAGAUGCAAAGUAGCUAAAGCUGUCUUAAAUUUGAGUUUAACACAUGCAUACCUAGAAACAAAGCCCUGCCUCAAUAGCUUGCUCUGAGAGUUUGCAUAGCAAACUUUUUUAUAUCUACUUACAAAUAGUGGGUAUUUAAACAUGACAUUCUCUUUGAAGACAUCAUAAAGGCAAGCAAAAUGCAUGCAGUAUUAUGCUAAAAGCAUUUGUAAACUUUGGUCUUUAUGGCAGUCCUGUAAUAAUGAAAAUUUAUUCUUAGUUUUUACAUACAGGCAAAGAAAGGUGAGUCAGAUCUUAGAUGCAAAUAUGGAUGAUAAUAAUGUAUUUUGAAGUGCUUGAAUCAAAAUUCUAAAUCUGGGAUUUGCUUUUUCUGGCAAUUAAAAUAAACAGGAAAGAGCCCAAA